CGUGCGACAGAACUGGUUUAAAUUUGACACGACCCGCUAACUCUUCCCGCUUUCUUCCCCCUAUUAUCCACAACCAGUUCCACGUGUCCUUCUUCAAGCUCAGUCCUUCCCACCCGGUCUCCUCUUCUGCUGUCUCCUGUAACUUUCUCGAGAAAAUUCACAGAGAAAAUCCAAUCCGAAGCUCCGAAAGCUCCUGCGAGCUUAAUUACCGAAAUGUCCUUCUCCCCCACGCUCUCCAUUUCCAGCUCUUCGCCUAUAUCCACCUCAGUUUCCAUAAUUAACCCCAAGUCCCACCAGCUCACCGUCGUCAUCAAGGCCCCGGACUCGUCCGUGCACCGGAGAUUCUUAUCCGUCCGCCAUAACUUCCUCUCCGGCGACCGUCGUCUGGCGUUCUCUGCCAGGGCGAAGCCGAAGGAUCUCAUCCUCGGGAACCCGUCGGUGACGGUGGAGAAGAGGAAGUACAGCUACGACGUCGAAACCUUAAUUAACAAGCUCAGUAGCCUCCCUCCGCGCGGAAGCAUCGCUCGGUGCCUCGACAUUUUCAAGAACAAGCUGUCGCUGAACGACUUCGCUUUGGUGUUCAAGGAGUUUGCCUCGCGCGGUGAUUGGCAGCGGUCGCUCCGCCUCUUCAAGUAUAUGCAGCGCCAGAUAUGGUGCAAGCCGAACGAGCACAUAUAUACGAUAAUGAUCAGCUUGCUCGGCCGUGAGGGGCUGCUGGAUAAGUGCGCCGAGGUGUUCGACGAAAUGCCUAGCCAGGGCGUGGUCCGCAGCGUCUUCAGCUACACCGCAUUGAUCAAUGCCUACGGGCGUAACGGUCAGUACGAAACCUCCCUUGAAUUUCUUGAUAGAAUGAAGAAAGAUAAGGUUUCGCCGAGUAUUUUGACUUAUAAUAUUGUGCUCAAUGCUUGUGCAAGAGGUGGGUUGGAUUGGGAAGGGUUGUUAGGAUUGUUUGCCGAAAUGCGGCACGAAGGAAUACAGCCGGACCUUGUUACUUACAAUACUUUGCUUAGUGCUUGUGCUGGUAGAGGGUUAGGUGAUGAGGCGGAGAUGGUGUUCAGGACUAUGAAUGAGGGUGGGAUUGUUCCGGAUAUAACCACGUAUCGUUACCUUGUUGAAGCUUUUGGUAAAUUGGACAAGCUCGAGAGAGUCUCGGAGCUUCUUAAAGAGAUGGAAGCUGGAGGGAAUUUGACUGAUAUUACGUCGUAUAAUGUGUUACUAGAGGCAUAUGCACAAUUGGGGUCGAUUAGAGAGUCAAUGGGUGUGUUUAGGCAGAUGCAGGCAGCAGGGUGUAUGCCAAAUGCCGCCACUUAUAGUAUUUUGUUGAACCUGUACGGGAGUCAUGGAAGGUAUGAUGAUGUUCGGGAGCUUUUUCUUGAGAUGAAAGUGAGCAAUACAGUGCCAGAUGCAGCUACGUAUAACAUUCUCAUACAAGUGUUUGGGGCGGGUGGGUAUUUUAAGGAGGUAGUGACUUUGUUUCAUGAUAUGGUGGAGGAGAAAAUUGAGCCCAAUAUGGAGACGUACGAAGGGCUGAUAUAUGCUUGUGGAAAGGGAGGACUCCAUGAGGAUUCCAAGAAAAUUUUACUUCACAUGCACGAGAAAGGAAUAGUGCCUAGUACCCAGGCCUAUACAGGGGUUAUUGAAGCGUAUGGGCAAGCGGCAUUGUAUGACGAAGCUCUUGUUGCCUUCAACAUAAUGAAUGAAGUGGGAAGCAAACCAUCAGUUGAAAGCUACAACUCGCUGAUACAUGCAUUUGCAAGAGGUGGAUUAUACAGGGAAACUGAAGCAGUCUUGUUGAUAACGGGCGAGGCUGGUGUUGCCAGGAAUGUCCAUACAGUAAAUGGCAUGAUAGAAGCUUUUAGGCAAGGUGGUCAAUUUGAAGAAGCUAUCAAGGCAUACGUUGAGAUGGAAAAGACAAGAUGUGAACCCGAUGAGUGGACCCUUGAGGCAGUUUUAAGCGUUUACUGCGUUGCAGGUCUUGUUAAUGAGUGUGAGGAGCACUUCCAAGAGAUUAAAGCCUCAGGAAUAUUACCAAGUGUCAUGUGCUACUGCAUGAUGCUUGCUGUUUAUGCAAGGAGUGACAGGUGGGAUGAUGCCUAUGAGUUGCUGAAUGAGAUGCUUACAAACAGGCAAUCAAAUAUUCAUCAGGUGAUUGGGCAGAUGAUCAAGGGAGACUACGAUGAUGACUCUAACUGGCAGAUGGUAGAAUAUGUUUUUGACAAAUUAAAAUCUGAGGGAUGCUGGUUGGCAAUGAGGUUCUACAACACUCUACUGGAAGCACUUUGGUGGCUGGGUCAGAAACAAAGAGCUGUGCGAGUUCUUAAUGAAGCAACACAGCGGGGGCUUUUUCCUGAACUUUUUCGUAAAAAUAAACUUGUGGCGUCUGUUGAUGUGCACAGGAUGUGGCAAGGUGGUGCAUAUACAGCAAUGUCAGUUUGGCUAAACAAUAUGUAUGAGAUGUUCCUCAAUGGCGAGGAUCUACCCCAUCUUGCAACUGUUGUCGUAGUACGAGGGAAGAUGGAGAAAAGCUCCAUAUCACAAGAACUACCUAGCAAGGCUGCCUAUACAUUUCUGCAGGAUAAUAUGCCAGCAUCCUUUUCUUUCCCAAAAUGGAACAAUGGUCGAAUACUCUGCCAGCGCCCUCAGCUCAAGCGGAUUCUAUCAAGCAUUGAACCAUCCACGGAGGGGUCCGAAAGGAAUAAUAUAACCACGUUAAGUAACUCUCCGUUUCCUCCUCCAGGAACAAAGACAUCCUCCAGUGCUGUCAAUAGUGGACGGUAUAAUGAUGCCAGUUCGGAUGAAAGAACUAGGACAAGAACAGAGCUUUUGACAAGCCCGGUUUAAAUACACACUCGAUAUACUCAUCAUCAGCUAACAGGUUUUGAAUGUUUUACCAACUUUUUUUCCCAAAUCAGAACGACGGGAAUGCUGCUUCACGAUAAGUUCACCGUUUGAUUUCUUAGAGUUUCAGUUUCAGUUUGACGGAGAAUGAUUUUCGGUCCUCACCACGAAAAAGGUCAGUUAAACGUUGUUUACAGUUUUUGAUACGAAGUCAGCUUUGGUCCUUGGAUUACCCGUGUAAGAGACCUCAAGCGGCGAGGAUUGUGUUUUUGUAGGGGUAGGUUAUUCUUUUUCAUGUGUAAAUGUACACUAGAAUUUUGCGUCGAGGAAAUCUUUGGAGACAAGUUCACACUUCACAAUAUAAACGACCUUAAAAGCUUAUGUACCAAUCAGACGCAGUAUAUUUCU